UAGCGAAGUGCAGCACCGAAGCGGCGGAACCGUGGCAGGUAUUGUAAUGACAGCCAAGUAAAGUACAGGGGCGAUACGACAGCGUGUACGACAGUAGAGCACAGUCGGGUAGAUGGCUUUUCAGAAACACAACGCGCAUUUUCUUGCGUGGUCGUUGAACGGUCUGGCUAGGCUUACAAAUGUUCGCCGAAGCAGCGCCACGACCCUCGACGGGACGUUUUUCUGCGACGACCGGAGGAAAGCCUGCAUGGAUUCUUUAGUGAGAUCAUCAGAAAAACUAAGUCGCACGUUCCUCAACGUACCUACUACGCUGUCAGCUGCCGUGUUGGUUCCAUUCUGCAUUAACCGCGGAGGAGAGCCCGCCGUCUUGCUGACAUUAAGGUCACGAAGCCUCGCCAGGCACGGCGGGCUCAUUAGCUUUCCUGGAGGCAUCGCCGACAAAAGCGACGAGUCAGCUACGGAAACGGCGCUUCGAGAAACUGAAGAGGAGCUCGGUAUACCGCCUGCAAACGUUGACGUGUGGGGAUCUCUACACUCGCUUCCGUCUCUGGGCUCCGCGAUUUCUGUCACGCCCGUCGUCGGGUUUGUGAAAUCCAAAAGUGCCGCGUCGUUGAUGGACGAGCUCACAGUGAAUGAAGGCGAAGUGGAAAAAGUGUUCAUGCCAUCUUUGCGAAGCCUGUGCGACCCUCGCGGCUGGGAGUACACGUGCUGGAAAUAUCCCGGUGUACCAGACCAUGCGUCGCCAGUUUUUGUUCUCAACGGCGACGAAAAGAUUUGGGGACUAACUGCAAGAAUAUUGCAUCUGUGUAUGGCCAGUAUUUUACCAGAACUGUACUGCAGAAAUUACCCAGUCAAUCUGUUAAACGUUACUAACGGUGGCAGUAAGCUCUAAAGUUGAUCUUGUAACUGGUGUGCACGGUGGUACUUUGGGUACUUCUAAAUCGGAUGUACGCUCAUAGAAUACCAACUUGUACGCUCUUCACACGGCAGACAAAACUUGUGCCGUGCGCAACAACACAACAGAUUGACUACGAAACUGUGAAAGACAACACUUGCGGACAUGCUGCGCACAUCGUGCACGCACACGUAGCAGCAGGCGCAAAAGCUAAAGCAAAAGUAGCAAAAGCUCAUUAAAGGCAUCGCCACAGUUUCGCAAACAAAACCGUGUAUUGAUUUUUGUUGCUACACGUUU